AAUGCGCAUGCCCAACAGAAAACUCCAUUAUUUUUUUUUGCUCGGAAUCUGUAAAAAAAAAAAAAAGAAAAGAAAAAAAAGAAAACAGUGGGAAACUGUGAAUUUGGGAUUACAUGGAUCGCUAUGGUUGUCGGAGUAAAUCUGAACGCCGGACGGUUUAGCAGAGCAGAGACCGAGCCAGCGGCUGGAUAAGCGCGCAGCGGGAGCGGGACCUCCUUCAGCCUGGUCGGGACAGAAUCAACUCGCCAGCUAACUCUGGAUUCUCCCGCGAGCCAGAAAAGCGAAGACUCCCAAAACUUCGCCAACACACAGAGAGAGCGAGGGAGAGAAAAAAGGUGGAUAGGUCCUGCUAACACUAACGGUAGCUAACGGCUGUCAAUAAGCUCUUUAUAUUCAUCCUGGACCCUACUCUGAUGUGAACUGAACAAUCUACAAGAGUCAUCCUCUAAAUUCAGGAUCUUAUUGUCCAGGUGUUUGGGCAUCGAGUCAGGUUUUACUGGCAGUCUGUGUGCUUCUAACCCACCAGUAUGUACAUUGGACAGUGGAUACCCUAGCCAAAACAGAUCCUGGCUUCUCAAAGAUGACAAGGUGCUGGCAGGCCGCAGCUACAAAAUGAUGGGAGGCAGUGAGACUGUCAGUGGGGACAAGGAUGGGGUCCACACCACUGCAAUACACGUCCCCAUCGGCUGGCAAAGGAGAGUGGAGGGAGGGCACGUGAUCUAUCUCAGUCCCAGUGACACUGCUCUAUGCUCUCUGGAUGAGGUCAAGACCUAUCUGUUGACUGAUGGCACCUGCAAAUGUGGUCUUGAGUGUCCACUCAUUGUCAAUAAGGUUUUCAACUUCACUGUGGGAGCGAAGGUGGAGCAGCACAGCCAGCCGUUAGGCAAAGCAGAGCAGGACAUGACCAAACUGUGUAACCACCGCAGGAAAGUGGUAGCAAUGGCUGCUCUCUGUCGGAGUAUGCAGGUCUCACAGCUGCCCUUCGCCAACCUUCAUCAUGCAGAGAUGAGCAGUGGAGUGGACAGCCGUUAUCCAAAGCGAAUACUUGUUGAUCGGGAAGAAGAGGACCACAGCAUUUACCAUCCCAAACUCCAUCCGGUCCCAGCUCGACCCCACAGCAACCUCCAUAUACACCCCUCUGCCAGCCCCAAAUCCUCCCACCAGUUUAUUUACCCUUACAAUGGUUCCUCCCCUGUCCUUCACACAGGCACAAACUCUCACCACUCCCUAGAUGCUUUGAGAAGGCUUCAACAUCCUCCUCCUCUUCCUGCCUCCUCCAGCUCUUCCUCCACCUCCCCAUUCCCAGCGUACAGCACUGCCCAGAGAUCACCUCGCACCCCCACACCUCAAGGUCAAAGAACUCCCAAAACCCCAGAGACUCCGGGUUCUCCUCGGCUCGGGCCCCUCUCUACACCUCCUCCCUCUUCCCCUAUGAGCAUGGGUGGAGGAGGAAGAGGAGCACAGACUCACGCUCAUCAUCAUGGUGUCAUUGUGGGAGGCUCCCCCCUCUCUCCGUCUCCCUCCCUUUCUCCCUCUGUUCAUAACAUGAACUGUUUGUCUCCUCACCAGCGGUCCCGCCACCCUUCUGCCUCUCCUUCCCCUCUCUCUGAUCAGGGAGGAGGCUCAACAGUGGCAGGAGGAGGACUGAUGGGAAGUAACUUGUCUCAGAGGAGGAAAUCCACCUCUUCCUCUCCACACUCCCCUCUCCCUGGUGGCUCCCCAAACCCCAGCCCCCACUUCCCUAAGUACAAGCUGGAAGACAUCUUGGAGCAGUUUAAGAACUCAGGCAACAGCAGCACUAAUAACCACCUCCAACUCCCUACCAACCUUUCCUUACUGACCAACCAAAGCAGUAGCAAUCCUAAUGCUCCCCCCUCAAAGCCCUCAAAGAGUACCAUGAGUCAGAUUCCUAGCGCAGGACCACCAGGUUUUGGGUUGAACUCUGCAGGGACUUCUAGUUUACCUCUGGGGCCAUUUCUGAACCAACAUCACAGCCAUCAAGGGAAGCUGUCACACACAACUUCUUCUUUCCCUGCGAGUAGCCUUCUCUCUGCGGCUGCCAAGGCUCAGCUGGCAAACCAGACAACCCACGUCCAGAGCUCAAAGGUGGCCAGCAACCUGGUGAGCUUGCCAUUGUCUCUGGAGGUCUUGAAAGACGGACAGCAGCAACAGUCAUCCAAGGUAACAAACAGCACUUUACAUAGUAGCCACCCUCUCUCCUCCAAAGCUUCUACUAGGCCUCCCCAUCCUUCCCUUGCAGCAGCCUCCACCAUCCUUUUCCCUCCAUCCCACUCUUUGGCCCAAUCCCUGGCUUCCUCCCUGCCCCACCUACCUCCUGCAACGGAGCGCAAUGCGUCGCACAGGAAGAGGCAACGGCGAUCUCCCACAGUGCUCAGCAUGCUAAGAGACACCCAGCAGCUGGAUAAUGGGCCGCAGAAGACCCCACCAGGAGACUCUGCUACAGUUAUCAACCUAUCCUCCUCUUCCUCUUCCUUCCCCACCUCCUCGCACUCCCCCUCUACCUCAGCUGUGCAGAACCAGAAUGCUGUCCUGUUAGAAAACCAUCAUCAUCAUCUUCUCCCCGGGCAGACGCCAAGGCUCCCCGUUUCUCGACAGAUGCACCUUUCCAGACCUCCUAGACAAACUGAGGCUCUGGACUUCACUACAGGCCUGACACCUACACCUCUUGGCUUGGAUCCUCCAACUCAGCCUCUGUCUGCUCUGUUGCACCUGCUCAGUGUGCAGAACGCGCAGGCCUCAGCAUCUCACUCUGCUUCAGCUCAGCCAGGAUCCGUGUCUCUUGAAGGAGGUGGACACACUAAUAAACAGAGCCCCAGACGGUCACCCUCUUCUCCCGCCUCUCAUUCUAACGUCAGGCACUUACAGACUCGGUCACCGUGCCGAACCAGUAACACUAAUUCUCUACACUCUGGGCUUCAGCCGCUUUCUCCUCCCCCGACUUCCUCUCAGUUCAGAUCAGUGCACUCUCCAACGCAUCCUCAGUCUACAAAAUCAAAUCCUCUACUGAGACAUUCUACUUGUUCAGCAACACUGCCCAACUCAAGUUCAGCUUUACACAACAGCAGCAGCCCAUCUUGGCAUACGUUCCAGACUCCCGACAAGCAUCAACCAACUGAGAAUCACAUUCCUACAAUAGACUUUGUUUCCCAGGAACACUUGCAGGAAACCUCGCCACAGGGCACUGUGGCAACAGAGAUUGGUACUACAAGCAUAAAUUCAUCACUGGACCUGAGUAAUUCUCAAGGCAGUGUUUCCAUGGCGAUAUCCAGCUCCCCGAAGCCUCUUGAUCUUAGCAACCAUGUCCUGGCCCUUCUCGCAGCAUCUUCCACUGUACCCCAGGAGGAGGUCAGCUCCUCUGACCGUACCACUGAUGUUGUGAUGUCUUCUCAAGGAAAUCCCACUGCAGGGCCAGAUGAGUCUAGAUGUGCAGACCCGAAGGUGACCAAACCUCCAGUAGCCACGAGCCCCGGGCCAGCUAGCUUCUCUCGUCUCGGGGAUAAUCACAGCCCUCAUACACCUUCAGCCGUGGGUGACUCAACCUCUCCCUUACCUCUGGCAGAGGCCUUCCCCUUCAUGAACCAAGAGCAGCUGCUUCAGUUGCUGUCAUCCACAGGAGGCCUACCGUCCCUCCUGGACCCAACAGUCCUGGCUUCAUUACCCCUUGGGGGGAUGUGGUUGGGAGGGCAACAUGCACAGAUACCCAAUGCCACUGCACCACAACCACCACAGACUCUUGCAGAGCAGCAGCAGCAGCAGUUACUCAUACACCAACAAGAGACACAGCAGCAAAACCAUUAUCAGCAACAGAAGCAGUUAAACAACAAUCCUCUGUUUACCUUGUUGCCCUUGUUGAGCGGUGCACAUGGGGAGCUGCCUCUAAACCUUUUGGGCCUCCUAAAUCCACUCCCACCUCCAGGCUCAACCUCCAACCCAGGGCAGGAAGCUGAUUUAGGGCUAACAGAAAAACCGAGCCUUCAGGCUCUGAUUAUGGCCUCCUUGUUACUCGGGCAACAGCAGGGGCCUUUGUUACCGCUAUCUGGGCUAGGUCAGUUGAGCCAGGUCAGCUUGGAAGUUCCUUUACAGCAGUCGCAACACAUCACCACCACAUUGGAGGGCCUCACCUUGGAUAAGACCUCUGGCCUCCUGGAUCCAUCAACCCUAUCGGGCGCGGGGCUCUUGGAGGUCGCCCAAGGCCUUCUCCCCAUUCCCCCAGGAGCUGAGGGCUCUCUCCAAGCCCUACAGUCUUUGCUCCUUUCUGGCACUCUUCCUCCUCCCCACACAGCCUUCCUGCCCCUCAGCCCUGCCUUGCUCACUGCUGCCCUGAAUUCUGCCGAGCUCCACCCAUCUCCGCACACCCAAUUAGCUUCUGCACAGCAAACCCAACAUACCCAACCUCAGGUAUCCACUGAUGCUGGUGUUGACACCCUCAUCCCCCUCUCUCUCCAAGGCAAAGACAACCCCAUCCUCCAACAGUUACUGCCCACUUUGCUUAACUCUGCUGUUUUAGGAGAUCUUUCUGGCAUCGCAGGACUCCACAACUUGUUGGGGAUUGGAGCAGGUUCCAUCCUCCUACCCCCAGUCCAGACCUCUGCAUUGGGCAUGCCUCUGCUGCACGGGCCUGAUGGAGCUCUCAACUUGCUUAACAACCUACAGCUACACCUUGCACCACACUCAGAAGGAGACAAGCCAAUGUCAUUGCAGGAAACACACAGUCCUGCCCCACAGGAAGACAUUCCAGCCAGUCAGAUGGCUCCCGAUGUCGUACCCAGUCCGGUUCCAGCUCCAGUUUCAGCCCCGGCCCAAGAACACAGCCCACCCCCACAGCGGGUAUCUGAGGGCAGGUCUGUUAUCGAUCCUUACACCUCAUUCAUGGACACGAUCUAUACCUCCUUCCUUCAAGUCAGUGCGAAAGAGCAGGAAGGCAGGCCCCACAUGGGGCCAUCUGACCCCACUUCACCCUUCUGUGCCUUACCACCGGUUUCUUUCCCUGUGGAUCACCAUACCCCGUCCACCCCUGUUCAAACUCUGCCCCAGGCAAGUGCCCCAGUCUCCCUCAGCCCACGGCGGGCCUGUUCCCUCCACAACCCAGACUUAUCCCGACUCAGCUUGGAAGCAACAGCCCAUUCCCCAGCCCAAGGGACGCCCAAACCCACUGAAGAUGGGCCUAUGUCACCGUUACAAAGGAAACCGGUUAUGGUAGUGGGACAUACCCACCCAGAGCCUCCUCUCCCAUCCAUGUACUUUGAGGAAGCUAAGACAGACUGUACAGGCCCUGCUGUGUGCCCAUAUGUGGAGGCGGGGGUAGAUAGGCAGGGGCAUCUUCUCCAUGCAGGGUACCUCAGUCCCAGGGAUGGAUGCAGUGGGAGGCCCAAUGAGGAGACAGCUGGGACAUUGCUGCGGACCGAACAGGGAAGGGAUCAAGCGGGAGCAGCGGGUGGAGCCAGAAGAGGAAGGAAAAGGAAACAAACGCUACAGAAUGUGUUGGAAGACUUCAGAGACAUGGAUGCUGCAGCACUAGAGGAAACCAAGGCCACGACAGCACUGCUGAAGCCUGAGAGGUCAGUCCGUGGCAGGAGGCGGCGAGGCGCCAGGUCUCAGAGGCAGUGAUUGGUGGAGGGAGCUGUAAGUCAGAGCUGUUCACCAAUCAAACGUCGGCCAGACGCCUCACUUUUCCCCUCCAUCUCCACCAUCUUCACCACUGUUUAGACCUGUCUCUCUUCUUCUUUUUUUUUGUUCAACUGCACUAAUAUUAUGCCGUUGUCAUGUCAACCAUUGUUAUGGCAACCAAUAUGAAAAAAACUCAUAGGAGAGAGAUCUAGGCAGAAAAGUUAAUUUAUAAAAAUGUGUGAAAAAAAAAUGUAAGAGGUUUUGUGGAUACUUUUUCACUUCGGUCUUCUCAUAGGUCUAGUUCACAAAAUAAUGGUUGCUUGACAUUGUGAUCAGAGAUCUGUUAAUUAUGGUUGUUGUUAGAAUUAUAUCAAUGAGAAAACACACAACAAACAAGAGUACUGUUUUCUUCUCGUCAGUGUAUAACUGUGAGUCAGGAUAAAGCCCAACUACUUGAACGAUGCUCUCCGUUGAAACUGUGUGUGUGUGUGUGGAAGUGUGUGUCUUUAUGUGUCUGAGUGUGUGUUGGACAACAGUGCUAGUGCUGAGCCCCUCACUGUCCGACCGUUAGUGGAAGUUAUUGUCAUUUGAGGAAACAAGACCGUAUCUGUUUAUACGAUAAAGCGUUCUCUGCAGAGACACACAGUGGUUGUAAUUCAAGGACAUGUUUUGAAGGGUUUUUUAGAAGGUGCUGGAAGAGAAUAUAAGAAGGAAUAGACUUGAGUUUUCUUUUCUGUCACAGUAUAGAAUAUCUUUCGUAUGAGACAAGCCAAGGAAAUAAUGUUCACCUUAUCAGGUUUCAUGAAUCCGUUUACAUGAGCCACUGGUCACACAGAAAAUACCGUUUAAUCCUGAUUCCAUGUGUCCUGUGAGACGCUCCUUUGGGAUUUGUACAUCACCAAGAACUAAGAAAACGUUCAUUUAAAGUUACCUUUAAACAACUUUUGAAUCAUGUCACAAAACACGUCGGGAUACCCCGACAGGUCACAGUGAAUCUGACAACAUCCAGUUGUUGACGGUCCACAGCAGAUGUGGAACAAUUCAGAACAUGUUUGAGCAUCAUUUGCCAAGUGUUGGCAACCCACUUGCAUUUCACAUACUGUCACCUGUCACUGAAGAAUUGCACAACACUUUGGUAUGAUGGAGACUAUUUUGUAUCCAUUGAUCUGACACUCACCCAAACGUCCACUCCUCAGCGAGGAGAUAAAUGUCUGGAAAAGGUAUCGAAUUUUGACAUUGAAUAUUUGCAGGAAUCCCGAGUCCAUACAAAGUACAGUAUGUCAUUUGAUUGGAUGAAGGAAUGGCUGGAUAACCUAAACACAGUGAGCACUGACGUCUUGCAUAGAUCUGUUGAGUUUAUUGCUGUGGAUUUGGAGUCAUUUCUUCCCUCUGUCUCCUCAUGUCUUGAUCUCUCCUCCAAACACUGCCCUGCCCCAAGAGUCCUGGCAUCUCUUGCUGUAUUUAAAAAAUAAAUAGAAAGUGAAAAAGAAAGCAGAUUAUGCAAUUUCUACACUUGGAGAUUUGUACAUAUGUACAGUUAAUGUGUUUUAUUUUGAUUUUAUAUUGUUAGAGAAAGAGACAAGAGAGAAAACAAUGAAUUGUGAACUUUCUGGGAAUUGUAAUUACGUAUUUUUCUCAUUCUACCCUUUGCUUUCAAUACUUAUGUUUAAAAAAGACGAUUAAAUUGUGGACUGUA